ACCCCGCAGGGUUACCCCCUCCCCUGCUCACCUCAAGCUGCGUCUUGCCGCGGGGAAAACGGAGGGUUCAGCACCCAGGACCCCCCGACAUGGAGGACAAGCCCCAGGCGUCCCUUGGCCGCUUCGCCAGGCAAUCCCGCACCGUCAGCCGCCACCGCCGCGACACCGACGCCACCGGGCCCGACAGGCUCUGGGCGUCGAGCCCUCACCAGACGGACGCACGCCGACAUCGCCAGGCCUCGCCGCUCACGGUAUACAUACGGCGACCCGCCUCGCUGCCAUGUUUUUCCCAAAACUCCCGGGUUUAUCCCCAGAUUUACCAGCACCAACAACCGCCCCCUCCCCGCAGCCCCCCGGCACGCCGGCCUCGCUGCUGCCCUCGCCGCGCUCGCUCUGCCGCCGCCGCCGCCGCCCCCCCGCCCCGCGGUGGCACCCCCUCGGUCCGCUCCCACCUGGAGGAGCUGAAGCGGAGGCAGAGCAGCAUCGACGAGAUGAAGCGGCAGGCGUGGGGCGGGGACCCCCAGGUGAGCCGGGGGGAGUGGGGGGGCCCCACCCUGCCCCACAGCCCCCCCCGGGGAGGGGGCAGGAGGAGCCCCCCCCCCUCCCGUGGGGGCUGCCGGAUGGGUGGGAGGAGCCAUUCAGGACGGUGACUCCGCCCCACAGCCCCGGCCUUUGUGCCCCCUCCCGUGGGCCCCAUAGCGUCCCCCUGUUGUGCCCUAUAGGUGCCUCCUACGGGCCCCACGCUGACCCUAUACCGUGUCCCAUAACCGCCUCCUGCAGCGCCCCACGGCUGCCUCGUGUGGGGCCCAUAGCCACUUCCUACACUACCCCGUAGCCGCCUCCUGUAGUGCCCCAUAGUGACUUUGUAUACUGCCCCAUAGCCGCCUCCUAUACUGCCCCAUAGUGACUUCGCAUAGUGCCCCACAGCCGCCUCCUCUAGUGCCCCAUAGCCGCCGCGGGA